AUGUCUCCAGAUAUUUUCUACACUAUCAGUGGAUCAGACCAGUUAAAGAUAAAACUAAAAGAAAACAACUGUUCUAUAAAUGAUAGUUUAGAAUUUGGAAUUAGAAUUUAUUCAAACCAAGAAAAUAUCAGUAUAACUUGUUACAAUCCAAAUGUCACUACAGCAGAACAAAAUACUACAAUCACUAGUACAAGUAGAGUACCAACUACAAGUACAGUUACAACUACCAGUCCAAACACAUCCACAAGUCCAGUAACGACAACAAGUCCAGUAACGACAACAAGUCCAGUAACAACUGAACCGUCGGAUACUGCACCAUCUGGUACAUCUGUAGAAAUAUCUUCAACUGAAAAAGCUUCAAAAGGAACUACCAAUAGUACUACGGAUGGUCUAGAUAAUCUUUUUGUCACUUUAAGUCUAAGUUUUAUUCUCCAAUCUUCAUUUUUAGGAAAAGGUCAACUGGGUAUAGGUUUGAUAGCAGGUAUAGCUGGUGGCGCUGUGGUAUUGAUCAUUCUAAUUUUCAUAUUGAUCAUUUGUCUUGUGAGACGUAAACGACGAGAGAAAGAUCAAUACGAUCAACCCUCCCCAGCAAGACCUUUACCGGAUGCUGGAUAUGUUACUGUAGACAUUAGUCAACAUGACAAGGAUAAUAAUUCGUCUCCGAGUGCUGUUGUUAUCGAAGAUAGUGCUGAUUCUGUGUCAUCAAGGCAACCAGCCACAAAACAAGGAGGCGAUGGUCCAAUUCAAAUGGAAAUUAUAGAGAAUGAUCUCUACGUGAGUUCUGAUGACGUCAUGAAUUACGAAUCGAACGAUGAUAGUCAUAUCAAUGGGAUACCGGAAGUCGAAUAUGCCGUUGUAAAUAAAAAACCGGAUAAGCCUUUGAAAGAGACGUCUGUAGAUAGUGGUGUCUCUAUGUCUUCAAAUGAACCCAAUAGUGAUCAUGACCAGAAGUUUGUUCUUGGACCUCAAGGCGAUGAAUAUACGCUUGUUACUAAAACUUAG